AUGCAUUUCCAAAAGAAUUAUGAUGAAGAAUUUUAUGAAUUUCCAUUAGAUGAAUUAAUCACCGCAUCAUUUGAUAAUUUUUAUACAUUUUGCAAUAUAACCGAACACAAAUUAGCAUGUUGGAAUAUGCAAUGUAAAAUGAAUCAUAAACAAAUAUCGUGGAGCAGUGAUUUACAUAUUUGCACCUUUAAAAGAUUGCAAUUUGAAAAUGCACUUAAUUGUUUGAACUUAACUAGCACAGGUGCACAUAAUGAGUGUAAUGAAAUAUGUCGUCAUAUUGCACGACGAAAUCCAACAAAAGGGAAUGAAAAAUCAUACCUUUAUGAAGUAGCCGCUAAUUUAGCUGAAAUUUAUCAAUAUUGGCAAUUGAAUAAACAAUGCGCUUUUCAGAUCUGUCAUUUGGAGUGUCGAGUAAACUUUUUAUGUUUCCUUUUUUAUUCAGUUGAAUCCAUGGUAAUAAAAAUAUAA